AAAAUUAACUAAAACCCUUUUCCUUCCCGCUGAUUCCUCUCCAAUUUCUUCUCAAAUUCCUUCUUAUAUUCUCACCCUCUCUCUUCAAAACUCAUCAAUUUUCUUAUAUAUGUAUAUAUAUAUAUAUAUGUGAGCAGUAUGAAGGAAAAACCCUAGUUCUUGCAAAACCCUAAUUGGAUUGUUCUGCUCUGAUUUCGUUUAGCAUUAGGGUUUUUUGAGAAAUUUGUUUCCGGACUAUACACAAUACUCAUUUGAAAUUUUAGAGAAUGGAACCAAUACCACAUCCAAUACCCAAGACUGUGGAUGAGGUGUACAUCGAUUUCAUAGGCAGAAGAGCUGGUUUGAUCAAGGCUCUCACCACUGAAGUAGCCAAGUUUUUUCAGCUAUGCGAUCCUGAUAAGGAGAAUUUGUGUUUAUAUGGACUUCCGAAUGAGACAUGGGAAGUCAACCUGCCUGUUGAGGAGGUGCCUCCUGAGCUUCCUGAGCCGGCAUUGGGUAUAAACUUUGCAAGGGAUGGAAUGCAAGAGAAGGACUGGUUAUCACUUGUUGCUGUUCACAGUGAUUCAUGGUUGCUUUCUGUUGCCUUCUAUUUUGGUGCACGCUUUGGGUUUGGUAAGAGUGAAAGGAAGAGGCUUUUCCAGUUGAUAAAUGAUCUCCCAACUAUAUUUGAAGUUGUGACAGGGAAUGUGAGGCAGUCGAAAGACCAAUCUGGUCCUCACAGCAACAGUAGCAAAAUCAAAUCAAGCGGGAAGAUGCAGCAACAGCCUCAGCAGCCUGAGUCUCAACCAAAGACAGUAAAGACGUCUCCUUCGCCUAAAUUAGAGGAUGAGAGUGGGGGAGAUGAGGAAGAAGACGACGAUGAACAGGGAGCAACACUCUGUGGUGCUUGUGGGGAGAACUAUGCCAAUGACGAGUUUUGGAUUUGCUGCGAUAUUUGCGAGAGAUGGUUCCACGGAAAAUGUGUAAAGAUUACGCCUGCAAAAGCUGAGCAUAUCAAGCAGUACAAGUGCCCUAGUUGCAGUACCAAGAGGGUAAAAAUCUAGGUUCUGAAGCUUGAGAACAAAUAUCACUAAUGAAACAAAAGGACAUAGUUUAGAACUUUCUGGUACUAUUUUAAACCGAAACAAGGCAAGACUUGUGCCCAUUUUAGAAGUUAAAUGAACUGGAAUGUCUGUUGAUAAUGGGAUUUAAUUUUUUACUAUUUUAUAUUACCAAUAGAAGUUGGAACAUGCAUUGUUUUUAGUUGGUCAA